AUGUUGGCUACGUUUCUCUUCGUCACCGGGGCCCUGGCUGCCUGUGUCCACUCUCAGCAAUUCGACCCGUCGGCAUAUGCUGCAGAGGACGUCAUCGAGCGGGACUUUGCCAUCAUCGGCGGAGGAGCAGCAGGCACCUAUGCAGCAAUCAGUCUCGCCGAUCAGAAUAAGACCUUCACUGUGGUUGAAGUGACGGACCGACUUGGUGGGAACACCCGGACUUUUCGCGACGAGGCUACGGGGGCCAGCAUCGACAUUGGCGUGCAGCUCCACGAUAAUAUCCCUGUCGUCCGUGACUUUUUCAAGCGAUUAAACUCGCCUCUGGCGCCUUUUAAGCCCACGGAUUUCGGAAACCCCAAGUACUACGAUUUUACCAACAAAGUGGCCCUUACCAACCACACCCGGCCGACUAUCGAGAGCGAUUAUGUGGCCGUGCUCAACAAGUAUCCUUUCCUCGACGAUCUCAAUGACCUGCCGGACAAUGUGCCUGAAGAACUGCUUCUGACCUGGCCAGAGUUUGCCAAGAAGCAGAAUCUCUCCCCUAGAUCGGCUGAGGCAGGUCUGUUAUGGCCAGCGACCCCUGGCAAUCCCCUGGACAUCACCGCGCUGGCCAUCUUCAACGACGGCAAUCACAUUGAGUUGGCGGAGAACACCGGGGCAGCGGUUCGCAGUGCCACUCACUACAACUCCCAGAUUUACGACAACGCCCUGGCUGAGUUGAAGGAGCAUGUCUUGCUGAAAUCCUCCAUCAUUGCAGCCCAGCGUGGAUCCUCCCGCAAGGACGGCGUACGACUCGUGGCCAAAACUCCCUCUGGCAAUAAGCUCAUCAAAGCCAAGCAGCUCAUCAUUGCUAUGCCGCCGAUCCUGGACAACGCCAAGUACUUUUCUCUCGACCAGCAGGAACAGUCCAUCCUGAGCAAGCUUUCUGGCAAGCACUACUACGCGGGCGUUGUGAACAAUACCGGCCUCGAGGCAGGAGUUGCUUACACCAACGUCGGCCAAAACACACCGUACCAAGUCGCCAGUCUUCCUGGAGUGGUCGAGAUCGCUGGUUCAACUUCUCCUGGAUACUUUUUUUAUUGGUACAACUCGGUCGACCCUCAGACACAGGAGGAAAUUGAAGAGGCCACUCUAAGCACCAUCAAGUGGCUGCAGAGUGAGAGUGGUAUCGAGGCCGUGGAGCCAACAUUCCAAGACUUUGUGGAUUACUCGCCGUUCCAUUUGAGUCCCCCGACUAGCGACAUUGCGGACGGCUGGUAUGGCAAGAUGAAGGGCCUCCAGGGCCACAGGAACACUUGGUAUAUCAACUCGCUGUUUGUUGUUAGCUCGACUCAGAUAUGGAACAACACUCGCAACAUACUUCCGGAAAUUAUUGACGCUGCUCGGUCUUGA